GCCGCCUUGUGCUGUCGGUCUCCUGCUCUUCAAAACAACUUGAAUUGCCCUAAAGGAAACAACCCAAAGGGCCUAAAUAUACCGCGUUUAUACCUAAAGUUUUUUUCUUAGUUUUUAACCGGUUCAAAACGUAAUUUUUCCCUAUCAACCGGCGUUUUUUAAUUAAAUUUAGGAUACUGAAUAAUCAUUUCUGUAUAUACAGUGUUUCAAAGUGUUUUUUGUGUGUUUACAGUGAUAUUUUUCAACCCCUAACCGUCUGAAGUUCUCCCUUGACAUUGAUCUAACGACUUUAUGGAAUUUUGUUGGUAGGUAAGACAGGACAAUUAAACGGAAAUGGACCCGGACAUUCCACACAACACUCAGCCAGAGCCCGUAAACAUCACUGUACAUUCUGAAGCCAAAGAAGAUGCUUUACCUCCACCUGCCAUGGAAGAACACGAAGACAUUGAAGCAGACUCCAACAUUCACGGGUUCCUAAACGUCACAAACAACAUCACAGUGAUCGAACAACAUCUCAAUAAUUCUAGUGACAGUAAAAAACAGUUAUUGUGCGAAGGAAGUGAUAGUGGUGUUGAAAUAGCCGAAGCAAUAGAGUAUCAGAGAGCUUUAAGUUCGAACAGCGGGGUUUCUCAGGACUUCGAAAAUAUCUGCGCUCAAUCUUGCGACUCUUCGAUUAUUUCUUGUUGUUCUAACUACGAAGAAGCCUACAAUCUUUUAGUGAGGAAGAAUUCGACGCUUUUAGAGGAUUAUACUUUGAGAAACGGUGACGUUACUAGCGAGAACGGUAGUGAAAGUUCUUCACUGAGCGGAUCCCAAAGCAGAUGUAGACGUAGCACUUUAUCAUCGGCGAAGAAGAAAAUCCUGAACUCAAACGAGUCAAAAAAGACACCCACAACCACCAUCAGGGAUAGAUCCAAGUCAAAACCACCCGCAACACCUCUAAGAACGUCGAGUAAUCCUUCCCGACUCAAAAGCUUGGAUAGGCUUCAAAGUAAGACUGCGCCAACUUCACGAACAAGUAUUGCAAGCUCCAGAAGCAAACCUGUACCGAAUAACCUGGAUCUUAACAGGAAAGACUCUGUUAGGAAAACACAAGGACCUAGAUCUAUGCCUCCCACUUGUUUGAGUAGAACUUCCACCCAGGCAACACCUACAGAAGACAAUAGAUGGUCUAGUAAGACAUCUUCUGCCAUGACGAGGUCUCUGAGAGUCAAUACGGAACAUAAAUCUAGAAUAUCACACACUGACAGUAAGACUAUAGAAAAAUAUGCUACAUUACCGAGAAGGAAAAAAGAAAAAGACAAAGUUACUGAUGAAAAGAAAGUUCUUAAUCCUUCUACGACAAUAAACAAGAAGAGCUCUAAAGAAAACACUCCAUCCAGGAUGUUUAGUUCGUUAUACGUCCCGAAAAACAAAGCCAAAACGAAAAUAUACCACGAAAUGAAUAUCCAGACGGCCUUGACGAUGUGUGAUAUAAACAAGGCCUUGAAUGGUGCCAUGGUGUCUCCGAAAGACCCCCAAGAUAUCGAUCAGUGCACCAAAGAGGUCCAGGUCGAUAUACAUUCGAAAGAAAUGGAGAAACUCAAAAACCAACUGAGGAAUUUGACUGAGAAGUACGAUAGUUUGCUGAGUCAGCAUAAGGAUCAGACUGAGAAGUUGAACGAGACUGAAUCGAGGCUUAAGGCUGAGACUUUAGAGAAAAAAGGCUUGAGAGAAGAACUGAACAAUAAUUCUCAAAGGGUACUUGCCAUAUUAGGACAAGCAGAAAACACUGAAGCUACAGAAUCAAGUUCUUCCAACGACAGUUUGCUGGUGCUUGAAAACAGGUUUCAAAACGUCAGUCAAGUGAUCAUCCAACAAGAAGAGGAAAUAGCCAAACUCAACAACUACUGCCGUUCCUUCCAAAUAGACUUGGAAAAGAGUCUGGCAGCUCAAAAAACUCUACUCCAGCAACACCAAGACCUGGAAGCUGAAAGUAUAGAGCUUCAGGAGUUCUUGCAAGCUGAAAAAACGACUCUGGCAGAUGCUUUGAAGGAAGCGGAAGGUGAAAUAAAAAGAUAUCAGCAAGUUUUUAUAGAAAAAGAUAAAGAAAUAGCUGAGCAACAGGAAGAAUGUAAACAGCUUGCUAGGCUUAGUGAGCAAAGACGUUUAGAGAAACUAGGAUUGCAAGCUAGAAUAGGAAACUUAGAGGCUAAAAGUAGAGAAUUGUUAGUACAUCAAGGAAGCUCUGUAUCUGGAGCUUCUGUAGCUUUAGCUUCCCUUAUUCAAAGACUUAGUGGAUUGGUAGAUGAACUUGUAGCGGCUUACAAUAUUUCAGACCAGGAACUAGAAGAUGUUAUAUAUCACAACGAAGCAUAUAAUAACAGUAGCAGUAGUGUAGAGUCGACUCCAGAAAAAUCCAGGUUGUUUACUGAAGACAAGCAGUCUCCAAAUGGAAAAGGUUCUUCGUUUGUUUCUGCUGUGAUCAAUGCCAUAAAAAACGCAGCCUCCGGUAAAGAUUUGAGCAGAAAGGACAGCCUGUAUGACCGCAGCAGUUCCAACGAAAUGCUAGAUUCCGAAACAGAACCAUGUCUCAUGAUGGAACACGUUCUGGAAGACGUGGUGGUUCCUGAUGGUCAUUCUCAUAAUAUGAUCUCUUCAGGACAUGGCAGCAUGCUGAGUUCGAGGCUAACUCACAGCGAAAGUUUGAAAGACGUUUCGAAUAUAUACCUGAGCAGGCAGUGUUCUGAACCGACUAGUCUCAAUACAUCGUUCACCAGUGAUAUUUUCUCUUUAAGUGAGUUUUUGCCACCUAUUUCUUUAGUUGAUCAAGUGAUAGAUGUCGAUAACGUCAUCACCAGGUUAUUGAAGGUCAUCAGGAUCAUUCAGAUUGAGAACGACGACUGCAUGAAUGAACUACAAGAUCAAAGAGACUCGCUGACAGAACAAGUGGACAAACAAAAAGAAACCAACAAACUAGUGGUGAAACAGCUGAAAGACUGGGAAGUCUUAGGCGCCCGACUCAAGAGUGAAGUCAAAGAGUUGAUGAGUCAGCUGAGUCGGAAAAACACGGAGAUGGAUGGAGUUAAAAGUGAAUUAAACAAACAAAGAGAGGAAGUAGAGAAGCUGAAUCAAGAUGUGUGCGAUCUGUCAACGGUUCUGUCAAAGGCUGAGCUUGAAAUGAGAGUGAAAGAGGAAGAUGUUGAUAGACAAAUAGGAGUUUUUAGUGAUACUGGUGAAAUGCCAUCAGAAGAGGUUUUAGCAAGACUUAUUAUUACACAAAACGAGGUUCCUUCUUUAAAAGAAAAAAUUACUGAGAAAGAUAAACGACUGAACGAACUGAACCAAGAGUUCCUAGCCAGCAAACAGGUACUGACUGAAAGCCUGAAAGAUGCCAUGAACGAAACCAAGAGACAAUUAUAAUAUGCCAUUG